AUGGGAACGGACCCGUCGACAGUAGCCAAGCUGGAAAACGACGUGUGGGGCCUGGGCGACGACGCGUACGCCGCCAUCUUCGACGUAUACCACCAGAUCCAUUGCCUGAACUCCUUGCGGCACGUCGCGUAUGGGGACUACUACAACCUGAGCAUGGCCCGGGCCCACACGAUCAAGCAGCGCGAGAUACACAUCAACCACUGUAUCGACAUCCUGCUGCAGGGGAUACAGUGCCACGCAAAUUUGGAUCUCAUCCCGCUGCACUGGGUUGAGACGCAGGAGUAUCCCUUCCCGGACAUGUCGAUCAACAAAAAGUGCGUCAACUUCGACAAGUUUACCGAUUGGCGGAAGGAAAAUACUAUUGAUAUGGUCAAAUACGUCAAGGUCAUGCAAAUGGACGAGAGCAUUAAGCCGGGCAUUAAGCAACACCCGGCGGCUGAUCAGUACUAUGAGUAUUGGGGUUAUGAGAAUCCAAAUCACAAGCCGAAGUCGGAGGGAGGGCAUGGUCUUCCGCUGGAUGAGGACUCGAAUCUAUAG